AAUCUACAGCUCUGAACAAAAAUGACCUGUUCCUCAAUUUUAAGGCACAGUUAUUAUAUCAUAUUACUGUAAAUUUCACAGAAUCACAUAAGUCUUUAGGCGCAAAGGAAGACAAUCUUUCAUGCGCUGAAAAUUUACAAUACAUCACAAUUAAACCUUUUUGUUUUGAAUUCCAAAAAACCAAUUGCUUUGCACAUGGUUGCAGCCUUGAAGAUAAAGAGAACAGAAUUCCACACAUUGCAGUGUAACCGAGGAUGUAUAUAUUUAGCCGAUAAAGGGGACAAAUCUCGGGACUCAUGGCUUGAAGGGUGAAAUGUAAGCAGACUAAACUUUGAGCCUCUCUUUCUCUCUCGUGAUCCUUGUAGCGUGUGAGAAGCAGCUCUCAUUUCAAGUCCGUGCAUUUUUACUACCUCGGAUUCCUAUUGACUUUUCGAUUGCUUUUAAGAUGAUUUGAGGAAAGGGUUAGCUGAUAGGCGGAAGCAGGGGUUGCAGGAAUAUGUGGAUGUUUACUGAGUGCUCAGCGCAGAUGAAUGGAUCCUAUUGAGCCACUUGCCUCUGCAUCUGCCAAGUUUUCCUCCGGAUUGACUCUCAGCCGCUUGCGAGGAUACUUUGUAAGACGAGAAAUCGCUGACUUUUCCAUUCCGUGUAAAGAACAACAAAUUCCUUGGCACCUCGACAUUCCACUGCGGAGCUGCUGAAAGCACGUGUUGGUGUGAAUUUCGCUGCCGAGUGUCGGCUCGGGGCUUGUCUCUCGGAAACUUCUCAGUUUAUUUUACCAACUUUUGACGAUGAGGCUGGGGCUAGCGUUCGCGCUGGUUUUCCUGACCGUUUUCCUACUGGAAUUCGUGGAAUGCCAGAAAGAAGCGAAGACUGUCAAAAAUGUUGCCAAAGGUAAAAAGCAAAAUCUUGGGAAGAAAGUCAAACCUGCCCUCAAAAAGACUAAAAACAAGCCAAAAGUGAAGAAGGUUUCAGUCAAGAUGUCUUCAAAGAUCUUCAUAAUGACUCAUCUAUCAGAAAAAGGCAGGUUUCGGAAACCGCCUGAUACUUUGGUGAUCCCUGCUGGACAACGGCUAGUUCUACGCUGUAAAGGGAAUCACAUUAGCUGGGCAUAUCCGAGUUAUCUGGAUGAGGAUGAUGAAGGCAGAUUCAGCAUUACCCAUCGGGAAAGGCUUAGCCAACUGACAGUAGUAAACAGCACAGGAGCUGAUACUGGUGAAUAUCAUUGCUGGGCACUGGAUUGUGACACUGAGACCUGCAGAAAGGAUGAAUCCAAAACAGGAAGUACCUACGUGUUCUUUACUGAUCCACGUGAACUGUUUGUACCAACAAAUGAUUAUUAUGAAGCCAUUCAGCUUCGCACCGACAGACCCACAAGAUUACCUUGUCAAGUGACAAAUCCUCUUGCGAAAGUAUCUCUGCACCGGGAAUUUCCACCUGAUGUGAUUCCAGUAGAUGGGAAAUUAAUCACAUUUGAUGUGAAGAAGGGGUUCAUUAUCCACAAAGCUCUACCAUUAUUUGCUGGCACAGUGUACUGUGUGGCGAGUUAUCAGGGAUUAAUGCAGAGCUCUACAAAAUAUCUCCUUAUAUUUACCAAUUACCCAUCUGCGCCUCCAUCAGCUAAAAUCAGAGCCUCAUCCAACUCUGUAUCUGUGGGUGAAAACUUUAAUCUAACAUGUACCGCUCUUGGAGAACUUGACAUAGAGGUGGACUUCACCUGGGAGUUCCCUGGCGAGCAGCUGGGGAGGCCGGCCUACACCAGGGAAAGCCAAGAGUCCGUGUACGUGGAUGGGCAGUUACGUCAGUUGUCUCAAAGUGUUCUUCUGGUGGAUGAGGGGCGUGCUGUUGACAACGGGCUUUACAAAUGUGUCGCUCAGAACCUGCAGGGAAAGACCACCGUGUCCACACAUGUAAAAGUGCUUCCGCCUACAAGUCAUGGCCAAACGUAACCACAGGAGCAGGGCCAAAUAUUUUCCCCAAGUUACUGAAAAACACUCUGAAAAACAAAAAUAGCCUAAUAGCAAUAUAUUAUUUUUAAAUAAAUGCCAUCAGCGCUAAUUAUAUAGUUGUCCUUUCUAUUUUACAGAAUUUCGUUUAUAUUUCAUUAUGCACACUACAUAGCUGUGAUGCUUCUUAACUCAACCGUGUGACUAUAAUUCACAUUGUCACUCAAUGGUUAUUAAACAUGUAAGAUAACCUGAGGUUGUGAAAAGUGCCAGUAUAAAUGGAAACCUCUCUUCUAAGCUUCCUAAUGAAACUGUAACACCCUUGAAUAACAUUUCCCAGGUUUUCUAAUCAAAUAAGGGCAUAAAUCCAAUUUUGAAUUGAAUACUCAGCAUUGUAUUUUAAACAAGAUGCAGAGAGAAGAGGCAAAAUGUCAGAUGUUCUGGGCGUAGGGCAAAGUGGGAACAGCAAUGAUCAUGUUGAAUGUCAGAACAAGCUCAAAGGGCCAAAUGGCCUACUCCUGCUCCUAAUUUCUAUGUAUCUAUGUCACAUCACUACGUUUGCACAUAAGACAUAGGGACAGUUGCAUGGUUUUUGUGGCAUGUAAAAUGGGUGUCAACAGAGGGAGCCAAGAGAUGAAUUUCAGUCUUGUAGUCUGUAUACAUAGCAAAGUUUGCUAUGUGAAUUCAGCAUUGUGAGUUUAUGGAUUGAGCUGCUGCAGACAGCAGAGGGAGCUGGUUAUAUCGAGCAUCAUCUUGUAUCAGGAGACAACUACGAGAUGAGUAAAGCUAUGGGUGAGUUACCGCUUUAAGAGGGCUGGAUAAUGAAACUACAUAGCUUGAGCACCGCAUUUUUACAGGAGGACUACAGAAUUACACAGACUGAAUUACACAAACGAUACAUUUAGCAACAACAGAUCUGGGAGAUGUUUGCUCUAAAUCUUAUAUUUGAGUGAGACAAAAAAAAGCUAGAACAGGAAAAAAAACUCAGAUAUAAUGAACCUGACCAGAACUGGGGAAAUUUUAUUAGACUCUGUAUUCAAAACAUACUUCCAAUCCAGUGUGUAAUGUCUUCUGAUUCCCAUGAGCUGCAAGUACUCAUGUGUAUAAUCAAAAUGCUGGAGCUUCGUUGUUCAUGUGGUUACUCCACUGAAUGGACUGUUCAUGAAUGACAGCGUAAAAUCCCUGGAUAUAUGUUCACAUAACCAUUAGACCCUCGCUGUUUCUGAAUAACAUUAAUAAAAAGCUUCCACUCUACUAUGAAAAUUAAAGAAGGUGGGAGACAGAAUUGAAAUUGUUUUCACACUUAACCUCAAAACUAUGUAAUAAGGGGUAGGCGAUGGCCUACAGCUGGACUGUUAAUCCAGAGACCCAGACAAUGUUCCAGGAACCCAGGUUCAAAUCCCAACAGUGCAGAUGGUGGAAUUUGAAUUCAAUAAAUAUCUGGAUUUAAGAAUCUGAUGAUAACCAUAAAUCCAUUGUCAAUUGUCAGGAAAAACUCACUUGGUUCACUAGGUUAGGGAAGGAAACUGCCAUCCUUAGCUGCUCUGGCCUACAUGUGACUCCAGAGCUACAGCAAUGUGGUUGACUCUGAACUGCCCUCUGGGCAAUAAGGGAUGGGCAAUAAAUGCUGCCUAGCCAGCACUGCCCUCAUCCCAUGAUUGGAUUUUUAAAAAGCUGCAGAAUUAAAUAAAAAUCCUGAACACAUUAGAGUAAUAAUCCUGUUAACAGUGCUUGGGAAACAGAGUGCUGCAAGCUGUUUGUAGCCAAAGACUCACUUCUGGGAGCCUCACAUGCUAGGAAAACUAAUUUAUUUUUUCUUGAAUUGCAGUGACAGCCUUAAUGUUUAUCUGAAUCAAUCCAUUAGAACUCAGUUCAUGCAUUUCAACGGAAGGGAGGUAUAUCAGAUAUCAGCUCUGGUGACUACACUGAUGCCACCUCAAAAUGCAUGCUCAGUUAUAUAGUUUGAAUAUAUGGCCUUUAGAAUACAAUUGAGGAAUUUUUGGCAUGUGCUGCGAUUGGUAUGUUUCUGUAUACAGGAUAAUUUGAACUUCUUUCUGAAACCACAACAAUUGCCCUUAUAUUCUGAUACUGAAUUUGAACCAAUAUAGCGAGAGCCCCAUGAUUCAGAACAUAGAAGAGCAGGCCAUUCAGCCCCUUAACACUAUUCCAACAUUCAAUUAGAUCAUGGCUACUAUGUAUCUUAAUCCAAUUUACUCAUCUCAGAAACAUAGGAACUUCAAGAUAAAAAAAGACAAAAGUGCAUCUGGUCUGUUGUCUACAUCGCUGAUAAUUGCACCAAUAAUAAAGAAGCUAUCUACUAAAAGCAAAUUUUCUGCAUCCAAGGAAGGUUUUUUUCCUAAAGCUGCAGAUAAUUAAAAGUGUAACACGGUAUAUUUAGGAGCAUGCUCAUUUUUAUUGCUUUAUUUCAUAUCUAACCAGUAUUUAAUACAGAAUUUCUGGCUUUGAGAUUUUUAAAAUAUAAACUUUCAGCUUAAAAGUGCCUGAGAAAAUGAGACACAUUAAAUUAGAAAAAGAACACUUCUCUUUAUUUGUGUGUUGUGAUGAAAAUUCAUGUCAUUUAAUAUUCUCAUCUGAUAUAUAUGCCCAAUAUGAUUGCACCACUGUCGUGUUGGUGGGAUAUAAAAUAUUCAGUGAGUGCAUUUCCCUUUUUUUGAUAAUCAGCCAAGUCAUUGCUAAUAUCCUUCAAUAACUACAUUCUUUGAAAUAAGUGACAUUCCCUCGGAAGAGGUUUAGGCAUAGCGGGUCAGACCUACCUUUGUUCAGAGAACUGAAGAACAGCCAUCAGGUAUAUUUAAAUACUGCACAAACCUGAAGGAAAUGUAAGUGCAGAAGCCAGAACAAUCAUUUACUUUUAUCCUUGAAAACUUUGGCAUUCAAUUAUUUUAAAUACACAUUGGUGGCUUCAAAAUAUAACACAAAAUUCUAACUAUUCAUUAGAUCAGUAAAGUGCUAUUGUUUUCUAUUGUUAUCAGUACGACCUAUCCUUACUAAUUCCAGAUCUGCACUUAUUUCCUGAUUAUCUGGCUUUCCUAACAUUCUGCUGUUCAUUUAUCUGAUUGACUGGCACUGAUUUCAUCACUGUUCAGAGGAUUGCAUUUUUCAUAUUCAAAUCCUGUUCGAGUACUGUGUGUGUACUAUAGUUGUCUGUGAACUAUUUGCACUACCCGGAGUUUAUUGUAGAGCUCUUUGAUAAUCAUCAUAUUUAGCAUCAUUACAUCCAAUGGAAUCGUCGGCAGUUUCAAUUGGAUUAGGAAGUGGACUUCCAGAGUUCCUUUCUAACAAGUGUGGGACUGUGGACUGUCCUCUGUAAUCGUCUGCGGUGUGAACAGGCAUUAUCGAGCACCAACAGUCUCCAAUAGUUUUAUUGAAGACACAAGCAAUUCUUUCCGGAAAACCUGGGAAUUCCAAGGGAUAUUUUGCAGUAGCAAUCAGAAGCUUUCUUAAGCUUCUGAACUAUCUGAUCUAACGUCUCAUUCUAAAUACAAUUGUAAUGUUAGAAAGUGCUUGAAAUUUUGAGAUGCAAGUAGACGUUAUAAUUUGUAGCUAAUGCAUCAAGCUUUGGUACAAUGGCUUAUUUUGUAUUUUUUUAAACCACAAAUUAUAUGCAAAUAAAAAAAACUAAGAUUAAUUCCUAUUUAUAUUUGUGCAUAUUGCCAGUUUUUACUUGGUAAUAUUUGAAAAUUUCAUAUGGCUGUCAUUCUUCUCCCCUCAUGAAUAAUAAGAAUUUUUUCUGUCAUAUUUAAGAUGACUGUAUGUUACCUUUAGACUCUACGCUGAUGAACUGCGUCACUAUUAUCACGAUCUAUAUUUCAAUUGUAGGGAUUAACUGAAAGGAUGAACAUUUCUAUGUUA